AUGGAUGUGGAAAAGCCACCAAACAAGAGACACGUUCUGACCGACACCACCCACUCAGCCUUCCUCCGUCGAUUGAAUGGAGUGUGGAGAUUCCACCGUAGCUGUGCAUAUCUGGGUGAACCAGGCCUGGACGGGGAUGAGCGCUACUGCAUCUUCCGAUCGGGGACCUGGAACAUUCACAUGGAGUACUGCACCUGCAGGGGGAAGGAUGGUUGCAACUCUGCCCCUCAGUCUCAUGCUGCUCCAAUUGUCAUUGUUCCCCUUGUCACCGGCCUGGUGUUUCGAAUAGCUCAUAUCCGCCUCUAAGUCAUACCCAGCUCAGUGUUCUUUUCUCCAUUCCGUCCAGUUUUAUGGCAGUUAUUCCGUCCUCGAUGCUGAUCUUUCAUCUUCCUUCGUCCCAGCUUUCAAAUAUUUUUUGUUGUUGUGAAUCUCAUUGUGUCCAAUGUUGACUUGAUGCAUCCCCCAUUCUAUUACUGAUCUCAUAUAUCAUGGUUUACUAUUUUUUAGUAUUGGCAGUUUUUUACAUGUGGC